UCACAGCGCACUCCAGUAGAGCCACACUGGACAUCCAUGUGUACUUCUACUGGAGGAGGUCAUUGGGAGGUAAGAGUCACUUGCUGAAAAUGUCAUUGAGCUUUAGGGAGUUGUAUUGAAUAGUUUACACAAAAAGGAAAUCAUUUACUCAUCAUUUACUCACCGCCAUGUUGUUUUAGGCCUUUAUGCUGUUAUUUUUUCCAUUGAUUACAAAAGGAGAGUCUUUAUGCACGGCUUUGAUAUACAAUACAACGGUUCUUAAGUUUUUUAAGCUUCUUAAAAGACAAAAAUAUCAUAAAAGAACCAUAAAGUAGUACAUGUGUCUUUUGUGUUUUUUUAAAGACUUCUGAAGUCUGUGUAAGGAACAGACUGAAAUCUUAUUUUUCAAAUUUCAUUCUCCAUUUCACAUAUUCAAACUGGCACAUUACACUCGGUUAUGAUACAUGCAUGAAACCAUCAAUCGUGGUGCAAUGCAUAGAUGUGGCAUCUCUACAAAUAUUCUUCCACAGGGAAGAAUAUCAGUACAUUAUGAUUUUUUUUUUUUUCAUUAAAACUUUUUUUUACCAUAGUGCACGAUUUGCUUGUUUUCAUUACAUAACCAGCUCUGUAUGGAAACAUGCUCGAUAGCUCACCUAGUACAGCAUUGCACUUGCACUCGGGUACAAGUCUUGUAAUUAAAUGUUGCCAGAUUCACAUUCAUCUGUUUUGGAUAAAACUGAAUGUUAUUUUAGCACCACUCAUUAGACAUUUCACUUUGAAAGUGUCACAAAGCAUGCAAGCAACAUAAUAUUUUUUCGCAAAGAUGGCGUUACAGGCAUGUUUUAUUUAUUUAUUUAUUUUAUUUUUUAUUUUUUGAAUGAACCUGGGUUGCCAUAUAGUCUACUUUUUAAUGUGUUUAUGCCAUUUUAUGCAGCAUAAAACCUAUUUUGCUGUUUUUUUUGGCACUUCACAAAUGUGAUUAGUAUUGGGGAAUAAAAAGUGUUAAUUAAAAAAGCAGGUUUCACUUUAUUUUGAUGGUCCCUUUAACACAUUCUAUUGACUAUAAGUAAUGUUGCACCUACAUUUCUACUAACUCUCAUUAGAUUGUUAGUAGUGUAUUAAUUGACUGGUAGGGUUGGGGUUUGAUUAAGUUGACACGUUCUUGCAAAGUUACUUAUAGUCAGUAGAACAUCUGUUGGGAGACAAACACAAUAAAGAGUUAGCAGAUAUGAAGCAGACAGUCUACUAAUACUCUUAUGAGAGUUUAUUGACAUGUAGUUGCAACAUUACUUAGUGUCAACAGAAUGGGACCAUCAAAAUAAAGUGUUACCAAAAAGCAUUCUCUUGUAUGUUUCACCUAUCAGCAUAUGGGUUUAGAACAACAUGAGGGUGAGAAAUUACAGUUUUUUUAACAAAUACAAAUCAACACAUUUUAAUGGAAUGCUUUUUUUCAUUUAUCAACAAUAUUUUUAAACACACAUAUAUGUUGUAAACAUGAAUAACAUUAAUCAGUUCUCCUUUUGAAGUGAAAUGAAGCAACUGAAAACUGCAGGGGGUAAAAUUAAUGAAAGUUGCAGUAAAAGACAAAUUUAUUAGUUGGCAUUGUGUGGGAAAUCACAUCUCUAACAAUAGACCAUGUUAACAGGACUUAAUUAACAGAAAGUACAGCCACAUCUGCAUGCAGCCACAUUUACACACAAACACUUGCCAGCAUAGUGUAUUUACACUGCUAGUUUGAUUGUGUGUGUGUGUGUGUGUGUGUGUGUGUGUGUGUGUGUGUGUGUGCAGUUUAUGUGCGAAGAUUUGUGGGUGUACCAUCCGUAACUAAUGAGAAAGUAAUGUCAGAGGCAGCUGCUCAAAGUGUUGUGUGAACGAGGUCAGGGAACCGUAUAAGCGGCAGAUACUUUGCUGCUAAACGCCCAGAGCUUGUGUUUUCACAAGGACAACACUGGCCUCACAACCGUCCUCCUUCAAGAUAAAAGUCAUCCUCACCCGCUCCCAUUGUUUGUCUACAUUCAUCCAUCACACUAACAAUUGCAGUCAGUUAACUGAGGAGGGAAAUUAAAUCAAAUACAGACUUGUGGCAAAGACCUCUGAAAUGCAGUGUUUUCAGUAGCUAUGGUUGUUUUUGAAUGGCAUGCACAGAAAAUUUUGUUUGCUUGUCGUUUACACAUUAUAAUAGGGGCUUUCAGUUCAUUACAAAAUAAUGAAUUAAUCACAUGAUAUGUUUAUUUAUUGUUUAAAUCAAUCACAGUUCAUAUUGUGUAUAUCAAUAUUUGUUUAGAAACAGUCCCAAAAUUAAGAUAAUACAAAGUUUAGACAAAAUAAUAAUAAUAAUAAUAAUAAUACAGCAUUGUUGUGACAGGUGAGUAAAGCAUUAAAUAGACAUUAGGGAUGCACCGAUACCGAUACUGGUAUCAGUAUCAGGCCCGAUACCGAGCUCAUGCACUCGUACUCGUAAAAACACUCCGAUACCAAAGACCGAUACCCCAUGAUGUCAUCGACAGAACUUUCAGUGCACAGAGACUCCAGCAGCAGCGACAGAAUGUCAGGCUCGGCGGUGUGGAAAUAUUUCAACAUUAAUGAUGACAACCCACGCAUGGCAGACUGCAAACUUUGCCCUGCAAAAAUAUCAAGAGGAGGUACAAAAAGCAGUACUUAUAAUACGAGUAACAUGAUAAAACAUCUGAAACUGAAACACAAAAGUGAGUACGGAGAAUUUGCCGCUAGCAGUAACGAUAGCACUCAGCAACCAACCCUGCAGCAAACCUUUGCAAGACGAGAGAACAUGACAAGAGAUAACCCGAGAGCCAAACAAAUAACAGAGGUGGUUACCCAAUUCAUUGUUCUUGACGAUCAGCCGCUUUCAGUCGUCGAUAACGUGGGAUUUCGUUGCCUUGUUAAUGUUUUGGAGCCGAAGUACGAGAUUCCCGGUCGCCGUCAUGUCACAGAUAUUAUAUUGCCACAAAUAUAUGACGCAGUGAAAAAGCAUGUUGUGAGCAUGUUGCAUGACAUGAAAGCAAUUUGCUUUACUACUGACAUUUGGAGUUGUAGUAUAAAUCAUUGUCUUUCAUCGGCUUAACGGUGCAAUGAAUAGAUGGCAAUUUCACUCUACAGCAAAUCAUGCUUCAUGCAAAGCAAUGUCGAGGCUCACAUACUGGUCUAGCGAUAGCGAGCAUAUUUGAGGAAAUGCUUGCGACUUGGGCAAUUCCCAAAAGUUCUUUCCAUGUUGUUGUCCGUUGUCAUGUUGUUGUCCGUGAAAGGCUGUGGGAGUGGGGCGCAAAAUAGUCGGCCACUUGGCAUACUCUCGGUUACAGGAUAUUCAGAUAUAGCUCGGUCAACCAAUAAAAAGAUGGAAUAGCACAUUCUACAUGGUACAGUCACUGAUUGAGCAAAAACGGGCGAUUGGAGUAUAUGUGUCUGAAAACAAGCUCCCUGCCACUCUAACUUCAAACCAGUGGAAUCUUCUGGAGAAGAUGGUAAAUGUAUUGGCGCCCUUUGAAGAAAUGACUCGUCAAGUGAGUUCUUCAGAUGCUUUAGCCUCAGAUGUAAUUCCUGCUGUCACUGUGCUACAGAGACUGUUGCUGAAACAAAUGGAUGAGGACCACGGAAUCAAAACAAUGAAGAGCACUUUGCUUGAUGCUUUGCAGAGGCGCUUUUCCAACAUGGAGCAAAACCCACUUUACUGCAUUGCAAGUUUACUUGAUCCGAGGUAUAAAGAUCGAUUCUUCUCCAACUCAGACACUGCCAGGCAGGCCAACGAAAUGUUGAUACUGGAGUUGCAAAAAAUAUCUGUGGGAGAGACAGCCACACCUGAGACACAUGCCGCACCAGCUGACAAAAGGUCUCACAGCGACAGGCCAGGUAGCAGUCUGGACAGUGUUUUUGAAGAAAUUGCAGAUGAAUGUGCAUCUGCAUCUGAGAGAAGAGCUGGAGCUGACUAAGCUGAACCAUACAGCUGGAAGCAUACCUUGGAGAGACCACUGUGCGUCGUUCAGAGAAACCCUUCAUGUACUGGGCAGUUAAUAAUCUGCAAUUUCCUGCUCUGGCUCAAAUGGCACAAAAAUAUCUUUCAGCCCCAUGCAUCAAUGUGGAAAGUGAGACUCUUCAGCUCAGUGUCACACAUUCUGACUGACAACAGAAGCAGGCUUGUAGCUGAACAUGCAGAGAUGCUUCUGUUCCUUAAAAAAAACCUGCCACUUACUUUUGAAAAACUUACUUUUGUACUUUUCAUCUUGCAAAAAUUAUUGCAAAAGUAAAAAUAUGCUGUACAAAUGCUCUGAGGAGCAUCCUUAACAAAUGGCUUAUGAACACUUACACUUACAAUUAUUGUGUUGCCCACAAUGAUUAGACAGUUCACUGUUAUAUUUCACUGUACACUUUUGAUUGUUACACAACAGUGAACAUUGCUACACAGUGUUAUGUUAUAAACAUUUGUUCAGUGAAAUUAGUUUGUAGCUUUUUGACGAU